CAUUCAGAGCUCAUCUUCAAUCGAAGUAUCAUCAAUUUAAUUUAUUACAAACAUGGAACUUAGAGUUUUGAAUUUUUUUAUAUUACUCGUGGGACCUUCGGCUUUAUCUGCGCUACAAAUUUUCAAAGAGGGAUCAACAGAAACACCGCAGCUUUUCAAAACUGCUGGAACAAAACAACCUGACUUUACGGACUAUAGCUAUCAAGGGGCUGAUAAAAAGAAACAGAAUGAUUUCAAAGAGCUGCAGGCCCUUCAGAAAGAAAAAAAAUUAUUGGAACUCUAUCAACAACAAUCAAGGCAGAAAUCUUUCAAAACUGAAGAUCUGACAUCAGGAUCUGGUCUCGAUGAAAGUGAGAAUCCUGUAGAGAAAUAUCAAAAACUAUUGAAAUCUUACCAACAACAGUCGGAUGAGAAAUGCUUACAAAUUGAAGAUCUAACAUCAGGAGCUGAAAUCAGUGAAGAUAAGGACCAUCCAAACAAGGAUCAAAAACAAAAGCUUCUAGAGAAGCUUAUCUCCUCGGAUGAUCCGGCGAAACUUUUGAAAUUCUAUCAACAACAGUCAGAGAAAAAACCUUUGGAAGUUGAAGAUCCAGCACAAGAACCUGCAUACGAUGAAACUGAAGAUCUUGCCAAAAAGUAUCAAAAACAAAAGCUUCUUAAGGAGCUUAGCUCUCUGGAUGAUCCAGCAAAAUUGCUGAAACUCUACCAACAACAAUCAGAGGAAAAACCUUCCCAAAUUGGCAGUCCAACAGGAGAAUCUGGAUUCGAUGAAAGUGAAGACCCUGUACAAAAGCAUCAGAAACAGAAACUUCUGCAAAAACUCGCCUCUCUGGAUGACCCAGAGAAUAAAGACAUUUCUGAUUUGAAGGCUUUCAUUAACAAAAAAUUCACUUCAAAAGCAUCUGCAUCAGACGAGAGUCAAUUUUACAGACUUCAGCAUAUUAAGAACCUCCACGCAAGUAUCCCUGAAACCCUCAGUUCUGGGGAUGGUAGUGAUAAUUCCGACAAACUAGAUAAAGCCUUCUUGUUGAAGUGGGCGAAAGAAUCAUCCAAAUUUCCAAAAGGACCAUCAGGCAAAAUGCCUGGUCAAGAAGGUGAUCCGUUCAAGUACUUCCAAGUUAUCAGUACGUACAAAGUAGCUGAAGCAAAUCAUCAGGGGAAUCCCCUUUUCUCUGAUUUCACAAAAGAAUUAUCACCGUUUCUAGGAACUGAAAAUAACCCGUUAUCAUACGGAUUUCAGAAAUCAUCAUAUGCACCAAUAAUCAAAGUUGUAAAAAUUGUUCAGAAUGAAGGGGCACAAUCAUUUUUAGGACCAUCAGGUAGUGGGAUUGACUCCAUUCCACAAUUCAAUCCAUUCUACCAACAAGGCGGAAGUAGUCCCCAAAUUGUGUCAAAAGUGAAGGUUUUCAAACCGAUUCAUUAUACAAACACAUUGGGUCUGAAACCUGCCUCUCAUUCAUCGACUGGUUAUAUUAAACCGGUAGAGGUCACAGUAAAGAAAAUAGUUAAACCACUUAUUUCGUACUAAUUUGUUGAAUGUAUUAAAAUAGUUUAAAGAGGAAUAAAAGACAAAGUAAGAAAACAUUAA